AUUUCUCUGAGAGUCCCCUCACCCACCCCAAGGGAGGGCAGCUGGGACCUCAGCUGGCACCACCUCUUGCCCUCCCCACUCUGUGCUGGGGAUUUUGGGGGGCAGGAUGGGACCUGCACAAGGUGGAGGAGCGAUGCUGAGACAAACCCCCGCACCCGUGAGCACAUCCCUGCAUGCCUCUGCUUCAUGAAACCCUGGGAAGCCUGUUCUGCCCCUCCUGCCUGCCCCUGCCCUUCUCCCUGCCCCAUCCCAGCCCGCAGGCAGCAUCCCGGCAGUUCUUCCAGCCCAGCUGGCAAAGACAGUUCUUUACCAAAGUUUCGAGCUUUUCGUUCUCCUCCGUUUUUUAUAUAUUUAUUUUUCCUUGUUUUUAAAACCGAAAGCCCAGUGUUCCUUUGGAGCAGGGCAGCCAGAGUUCUCUCCGGUAGAAGCCAAACCCUGCCCCAACUCACACGGAAAUUGCUACGGAAUAAUAACAAGGGCUGAGAAAGUCCCGCUGUGUUCCCCUUCACUGAGCUUUGUUUGCUCUGAUUUAUUGCCACCUAACACUGAAACUUCGGGGCUCUCCCUUCCUGGGCAGGCAGGCUUGGCACGAGCCCUGUUUCCAGAGCAGGGAACGCUGGUGGCCCCACACCCUUUCUGGGAUGCAGGAUGCAUCUCCAGGGCAAAGUGCCCCCGGGCAUUUUGUAGGCAGUGGGGACGUGUCUGAGCAGGCAAAAGUUGGAGGUGUUUCCCUAAACCCUGCUGGGCCACUUGUGGAGCGAGCGUGCCCGGUCUCAGAGGUGCUUAGUCAGGCUGGCAACCACCACAGCGAUGAUGGUGGCCACAGCAGGGAUGAGUUUGGGGGUAAAGGGAGGAAUUAGUUUCGAAAGGAGCCGCUUGGGCUGGGCCCUUCUGGGAACUGCGACUGCCUUCCUGUAAAUGCCCCAGCGAGGAAGGGACGGCUGAACUUCCCUGGGCAGGGACCCAGCUCGGCACAGCCACGGGGCCCCACGAGCAGGGAAAUGCCGGUUGCUCAAGCCUGGGCAUUGGGUGCUGCCUGCGUGGCAGCCUGAUGGGUACGGGCAGGCUCAGGGAGCCAGAUGCAGGUUGUGGGGCUGCCAGACCCCCUUUGCUCCUCAGCGCGAACCUGGCGGUGACUGGGCAGAUCCUGCUCUUGAGUAGCUCCAAGCCAUGCCCGUGGGAUGCUGGCAGGAUGCGGGUGCUGGGGCACACCCCGGCAUAACCACAUCACUCUGGAAGAGGUUCCCGGUGCGCCAGCCAGGAGCAGCCCAGCAGGGCGCCUUCCCUGCCUGCAGGAGCAGGAUUGUGCUGACUUGGCAGCGGCAGCAGCAUGAAAGUUGCUCAGGACAGGAAUUGGUCGGCUCCGCCGUCUGCCUCCCCUGGCCAAGGGUCAGCUGGCAUCGCCUCCUCCUGGGGCCCUGGGAUUCACAGCCUGGCCCCGGGGCCGCGGAGCCCCUUCCUGCCUGGAAUCUCCAUCCCUCCACUUGAGCUCCAGGCCUCUUCCACCGUCUCCUGCUGUUGUCUCAGAUCCUUGAUAUCCUUGUCUGGAGGGGUGCUUACAGAGCGUGGGGCAGGCUGCUGCAGGGUUGUCAGCAUGGAGAAAAGCACUAUGGCUCAGUCCAAGGGCACGGUGGUCCUCGCCUACAGUGGGGGCCUCGACACCUCCUGCAUCCUGGUGUGGCUGAAGGAGCAAGGCUACGAUGUUAUCGCCUACCUGGCCAACAUUGGGCAGAAGGAAGAUUUUGAAGCAGCACGAAAGAAAGCGCUGGCACUGGGGGCCAAGAAGGUUUACAUCGAGGAUAUCAGCAGGGAGUUUGUGGAGGAGUUCAUCUGGCCGGCAGUGCAGGCCAACGCGCUCUAUGAGGACCGGUACCUACUGGGCACGGCGCUGGCCCGGCCCUGCAUCGCCCGCAGGCAGGUGGAGAUCGCCCAGCGAGAGGGAGCCCAGCACGUUGCCCACGGGGCCACGGGCAAGGGCAAUGACCAGGUUCGGUUUGAGCUCACCUGCUAUGCCCUGUGUCCCAAAAUCAAGGUUGUUGCACCGUGGAGGCUGCCCGAGUUUUACCAGCGCUUCCCUGGGCGCCGGGAGCUGAUGGAUUAUGCCAAGAAACAUGGGAUCCCGGUGCCUGUGACACCCCAGACACCCUGGAGCGUGGAUGAGAACCUCAUGCACAUCAGCUACGAAGCCGGGAUCCUGGAGAACCCCAAGAAUCAGGCUCCCCCCGGGCUCUACACGAAGACCCGUGAUCCGGCCACCUCUCCUGACACCCCAGAUGUGCUGGAGAUUGAGUUUGAGCGGGGUGUCCCAGUGAAGGUCACCAACAUUGGGGACGGAGCCACUCGUUCCUCGGCCCUGGAGCUCUUCGUGUACCUGAACGACAUCGCGGGCAAGCACGGGGUCGGGCGCAUCGACAUCGUGGAGAACCGCUUCGUCGGGAUGAAGUCCAGAGGUAUCUAUGAGACCCCAGCGGGAACGAUCCUAUACCACGCGCAUUUAGAUAUCGAGGCCUUCACCAUGGACCGGGAAGUGCGGAAAAUCAAGCAGGGGCUCGCCUUGAAAUUCUCCGAGCUGGUGUACAACGGGUUCUGGCACAGCCCCGAGUGUGAGUUCCUCCGGCACUGCAUCGGGCGCUCGCAGGAGCCCGUGGUGGGCACCGUCCGUCUGUCUGUCUUCAAGGGCCAGGUCUACAUCCUGGGCAGGGAGUCCCCACGGUCGCUGUACAACGAGGAGCUGGUGAGCAUGAACGUGCAAGGGGACUACGAGCCCGCCGACGCCACCGGCUUCAUCAACAUCAACUCGCUGAGGCUGAAGGAAUAUCAUCGUCUCCAGAGCAAGGUCACCGUAAAGCAGGAUGAAUAGCAAUCAAUCGCACGCGAGCCUUCCUCUCCCCUUUCUAAUUUCUCUAAGAAGUAGCACUAAUUGUGGUGGCAAUUUGUAAUUGUAACUCGUCUCUCCGGAGCGGAGCCGCGGCGGAGGUGACGGCUUUGUUAUGGGGCGGCAAGUGAAAUGCAGUCGGGAGGGGGGGGAAAAAAGGGUUUGGUCCAUCGGAGGAGAAGUGCGGAAAGAAAUAAACCCCCAGCCACGCGCGGGUCCGGCACUGAGAGCCGGGCUUUA